AUUAUUAUUAUUGUCUUAGAUGGACUUCCCACGUGCUUGUAGACAUUUCAACUGUCAGGUCAAUAUCGUCUGCAUGUUGGUGUUAGAUACUAUGCUUCGUGCGGGGAAGUGUUGAGAAGCUGUCGCUGAAAUCAAACACAUCCAAACCACUCCAGAAAUGCAAAAAUAUGUAACAUUUGAACGCCCCAAGAAACCAAGCUGUUGUCCUUUUAUUUUGAAAACCCGACCGGAUAUACUGUAUAUUAUCCACCCCCGUGAUCUUGACGGCGGUAACAAAAGCAAGUGUGCGCUCCUCGGUACCCACACACACACAUCCAGCCGUGUUAAUGAUCAGCUGACCGCACAGAGGAGCUGCAAUUAAUUACUGCAAACUGAGUUUUAUCUACAAACUUGUGAGCACAUCACAGAACUCCUCUGAGGGGACCAUGGGGGGUUUGGGGAAAGUCCUCUCCUCCACUCACAGGUCUCCAGUCCUGUGUGACUCCCCGGUGAAGUGGAGCGGACCGCGCGGGCUCCUGGCCGGACCUGUCUGCUGUGUCAGCGCGUGAAGCGAAAGCGAUGCUCGCGGCUGUGAACUGAACUAUGGGCGCGCACAUCCUGGAGUCCAACUCCAGCGGCAACUUGACCCCCGCGGUGUCCGAGGCUGGGACCGUCCUCCCGGGCUACCUGGCGGUGAUCCUGUCGGUGCUCAUGGUGACUCUGGUCGUCGUGGUGGUGGCCGGGAACGCGCUGGUCAUCAUGGCUUUUAUUGUGGAUAAAACCCUGAGAAAUCAAAGCAACUACUUCUUCCUCAACCUUGCCAUAUCUGAUUUUCUCGUCGGUGCCUUCUGCAUCCCGGCGUACAUCCCGUACAACCUGACAGGCAGGUGGAUGCUGGGUAAGGGUCUCUGCAAGGUGUGGCUGGUGAUGGACUACCUGCUCUGCACCGCCUCAGUCUUCAACAUUGUCCUCAUUAGUUAUGACCGCUUCCUGUCAGUCACGAGAGCAGUUAAAUACAGAGCGCAGCGAAACAUGACCCGCCAGGCUGUGCUCAAGAUGGUGGCGGUGUGGGUGCUGGCCUUCCUCCUCUACGGCCCCGCCAUCAUCUUCUGGGAGACCAUCGUCGGCAAGAGCAUCGUCCCGGCUCACGAGUGCUACGCCGAGUUUUACUUCACCUGGUACUUCCUGCUCUGUGCUUCUACCUUCGAGUUCUUCACCCCGUUCGUGUCCGUGGCCUUCUUCAACCUCAGCAUUUACCUGAACAUCCAUCGCCGGAACAAGAGCGGAGGCACCUGCGCCGACGACGAACCCAAAGUGCAAAAGAUCAGUAAGAAGCACAAAGACGGAGGAGGCUGGUCCGUGUUUUUUGUCAAGACUCGGAAGGUGUCGUCCAGCGAGCCGACGGCUAUCUCUGCAGUUAUCGAGGACGACGAUGUCCUGUCCCCGUCCUUCAGUGACGACCCUAACACCAGUCAGGUGUUCACGCAGAGGGAGAAGUUCUCUCCCAACAGAAAAAACUCCAGGCUGUUUCAGCACACGGCCUCCUGCACGGCGCCCGGCCGGAGGACACAGGGGUCUCGUCUUUCACGAGACAAAAAGAUUGCCAAAUCUUUAGCUAUCAUCGUCUGCAUUUUUGGGAUUUGCUGGGCUCCUUACACCCUCCUGAUGAUCAUUCGUGCCGCCUGUAGUGGUACGUGCGUGCCGAACUACUGGUACGAGAUCACGUUCUGGCUCCUGUGGCUGAACUCCGCCAUCAAUCCGUUCUUGUACCCUCUGUGCCACAGCAGUUUCCGAAGGGCUUUCUCAAAGAUCCUGUGUCCUAAAAGACAAUCAGUCCAGCCUCAGAUUGAGGCUCAGUCUUGUUAGAUGAACUUACUUGCACUUCUGUGCUUUAUGAAUGCAGUAACCGUUGCUGGUCAAACACUGUAAAAAAAAAAAAAAAAUCCAUACAUAGUUCUUCCAUCCAGAAAAAACACCAACUCAUUUUGUCAAAGAAUAUGUGACAGCAAUAUGGUAACUUGUACAGUAGUCAUGAGGAAUGUGCAAGAAAAAAAACCCUGCAGUUAUACUUAAUGACCGGGUAAAGCAAUGGACUCUCGCGGCACCUUUAAAAAGCCGAUACAGUUGCCCUUUGAUUCAAGAGCCAAUGUCAGAUUUAUUUCUGACUGGUGUACAGCUUCAUUUAAAAAAUGUACGCUAACCUCUGCAGACAAUCUGUUAUGUAGGACGGGAGGGAGUGGAGUGGUUUACGCUCUCUCACCUCUCACUUCUUUAUGUGCUGAAGGCUGCGAAAUGAUGACUUACGCAGCCAGACAGAAUUAGAUUACCGUCAUUUAGACUGAGAUAUAAUGCAAGAACUACAGUGAAGCCCACCGAGUCGUGAAGUGAAGAAGGCGACAUCCAUUUUAUCACCGAGCCGGUGUGGCGAGAAAAGGCUAAGGCUCUUUUAUGGUUUUAUAAUCUCUCUGCACUGGGAACCUUUUUUUUUACUUUUGAGUUUUGAAUGCUGUUAAUUUGACAGAAGGCCAUUUCUCUAUGUCUUCAAAAAAAAAAAAAAAA